GAGCCGGCCCCUCUAGGGGGUGAGCCUUGCUUUGUGGGCUCCCCUGUUCCUGGAGGAUGCCGACACUGACACCCAUGGGGCUCCUGGUGCUGGUCCUGCUUUGGGCACAGGCAGGAGUGACCUCGGGGAAAACUGCAGACCAAGUCGGAGAGGAGGUGGCCUGCAUGGUGGCCUGCACAGAGACAGCGGGGUCACACCUCCCUGUGGGCACCAGAUACACCUACCAAUACUCCAGCAAUACCAGCACCAGCCUGCAGGGGGCGCCGCUGGAAGCCAGUGGCCUGGGCCUCCAGGGCUUGGCCGUCCUUGAAGUGUUAGGCCCAUGCCAGAUGGCCUUAUGGCUUCAAGACCUCCAAGUGAUGUCUGUUCUGGGGUCCCAGGUGGAAGUUCUGAAGGAAUCUGAGAGUUUAAGUGCUGCUCUGGGCCACAGUCCUCUUGGCUUCAUCCUCAGAGAUGGGCAAGUGGUCCACAUGUGUCCCCACCGCUCUGAGCCACGCUGGGCCUUGAAUGUGAAGCGGUCAGUUCUGAGCCUUGUACAGAGCAGUCCUGAGAUUCACACGUCCAAGACCCUUGAGGAGGUAGACAUUCUGGGCCGGUGUCCCACCACAUACCGGAGUCAAGGGGAUCAGCUGCUCAAGACCAAGGACUUGGCACUGUGCUCUCUCCGCACAGCUCGCUCCUCCCUGCACACUCAGCCGCUGCCUGGGAUGUCCAGUCUAGCGUCCAACUUCAGCUGUCAGCAGAGCUUCCAGGCUGGUGUACUACAGGAGGCUGCCUGUGAGGAGCUGCACACAGCUGGACCGUUGCUCCGGAAGGCCAAUGCGGUGCACACACGAGUGUUCUCCUCCAUCAAACUGCUGCACGUGGUGGCUGGGGACCCAGCCAGCACAGACAUAGACUACAAAGAUGUGAGUCCCAGCAGCCUGCAGCACGAAUGGGAGGAGACACCGUCCCCAGCCACAGUGGUCACGGCAGCUGCAUUAGUGGAGAGGCUGUGUGUGGCUCCGCCUGCCAGCUUUGAGACCACAGAGAUAUUCCUGAUGCUGGUGUCUGAGCUCCAAGGCCUUUCUGGGGAUGGGCUGACUGAAGUCUGGCAACACUCAUCUUUGAAAUGCCAAGAUGAUUGGCAUCCGCUGGUAGACGCUCUGCCUGCCUGUGGUACUCAGAACUGUGUGGACCUCAUGAAGCAGCUCAUCUUAGCUGGGGAGGUGGAGGCAGACCAGGCUGAGGCCUGGCUGUGGUCGCUGGCCUUCAUCCCAAAGCCCACGGAUGCCAUGGUGUACACACUGCUGCCACUGCUGCAGUCUCCAGGGGCCAGCUCAGGUGCCUUCCUUGGCAUCUCAGCUCUGGCACACAACCUCUGUGCUGCUCUGGACGGGCACUGCCAACUGCUGCCUGGAGUUGGCUCUCUUGUGAGGAUUCUGGGAGAGGCGCUGCGUGUGAACUGCAGCUUCCUGGAGCCUGUGGAUGCUGGCCAGCUUCAGCUUGUGCUGAAGGCCAUCGGCAAUGCAGGGCUGGCAGCGGAGGCUCUCACCCCUGUGCUGAGCACCUGUGCUUCCCUGAGGGGCAACUCUCCAGAGAUCCGGCUGGCGGCUGUCCAGGCCUUCCGGAGGAUCCCUUGCUCUGCAGAUAGGUCGGUGCUCUCUCGCCUGUACCAAGCUCCCAAGGAGGACACGGAGCUCCGGAUCAAUGCCUACCUGGCUCUGAUGAGGUGCCCCAGUGAGGAGGUGUUUGCCCAGGUGCGGCACACCCAGGCUAGUGAGCGGUCCACCCAGGUGGGGUCUUUUGUGAGGAGCCACAUUCUGCAGCUCCUGAGGACGGAUGAUCCCCUGAAGCAUGACCUUCGGGACUCCCUCCCUGAGGACAUCCUCGCUCAGCAGUUCCAGACAGAGACCUGGAAACACUCGUCUUACUGUGAUGUCACCUUCCGCUCAACAUCUGGCAACCUGGGAGCCAACCUGGAGAGGACCCUUCUCUUCUCUCCCGACUCUUUCCUCCCUUGUUCUGCCACAGUGAAUCUCACUGUCUAUGCUGCUGGCUGGGCCUUCAACCUCCUGGAGCUGGAAGUCCAGCUGAAAAAUGCUGAAGACGUCAUCUUCCGUCUGCUGGGCCCUAAGUCCUUCUGGAGGCAGGAAGAGAAGAGAGAGUCCGAGCCAGAGAAUCCUUCAGGGUCAGAGCCAGGCCUGGACAGCCCUGAGUGUGCAAACAAAAGAUCCAGAAAGAUGAAGAUCCUCCAGGAAAAGAUGGCCCAGAGGUCUGAGGCUAGACGGGUACCAGGCUGCCAGCUGAGUAUCAAAGUGUUCGGGCAUGAGCUGAGCUUUGUGGACUGUGGGCCUCUGGGUGGCCACAGGAGACGCUGGUCUCUGCAUCUGGCUGAACUUGCCAUCAAGCUUCUCAAGGGACAAGAGGUGCAGGUGACCCGGAGGCUGAGCUUGGCUUUGGGGGAGCUCUUCUUUCCCACAGUGUCUGGCAUUCCAGCCAGGCUCAGUCUACAUGCCCUGGCUACUGUCAGCAUCCAUGUCCAAGGAGUGGCUGACUUCCAGCAACUCUCAGAUUUCUUCCUGAGGGGUUCCAUCAAGCCCAGUGCCCUUCUGCAGGUCUCAGCUCAGAUGGGCACCACAGGGACCCUGGGGCAGGCUGGGCUGAGGUGGUUGACCCAUGUCCGUGGCACAGUGGGCCUAGAUGGCGGGAUCCAAGCUAGGAAGGGUCAGGACCUCAAAGUGCAUUUGAAUGCCACAGAGGACUCGGUGGAGCUACUCAGCUUCAGCUCCAGGCUGUAUCUUGUCACUGGGAACAGUAUGAAGAACUUAAGUGAGGCUCACAGCUCCUCUGAGUCCCUGUCCUGUACCAGUGACGAAGUGUCCCAAACCUGGGGUUGGCAGCUGUGUACUGCAGUGGCCUGGCCAGGGCCUGGUCAGCCCUCGCUGCUCUCAGUGCCUGUGCUCAUGAAUUUGACUCUGCAGAAGCAGGAUCCAGGACUUCAGCUGUACCUGCUAGAAGCUGCCUACGCCCUGCACUUCCAGAAGGACAGCUGGCUCCCAGAAGAAGCCACCGCCCACUUCUUCAUGGGUACACCCCAGUCAGAUGUGGCCAGGGAUGUUGAGGUGGACAUCAGUUACAGCCUGCCCCAGAGGAAGUGCCGGCUCAAGCUGCUUCACCCUAAAAAGAAAAUUCAGCUGGAUGGGAAGAUCGAGAUUCUCAAGAGUGCACGCACGGGCCACCUGGAGCUGGUUCUGGAUGGCAGGGACGUCUAUUACAUCAAGGGCCGAAGUGACCUGCAGCCAGCAUCAGGCAUCAAGACCCAGCGGUUUGAGGCCCAGCUGGAGGCAAAGCUGGUGACAGCAGGCAGACCUAUAGUCCUUGAUGGGAACAUCACUUGGCAGGCAGGCAGCAGGCUGGACUUCUCUGCAUCUCUGAGCCGCAUGCGGAAUGACCAGGCUCAUGUAACAGUGUUGCUGGAGAAGAAGGCAGAGGCUGGGCUGCAGGCGACUACCCUGGGCGUCGAGCUGCAGGCUCCGGGUGUGGUAGAGCUCCACAUCCAGGGCCUGCUGGAGCAGCGCGACCCUGUGGGAAGCAGCAGCCUGAGGAUCAAGUACAGCCUCCUGGGUCAGGCAAGGCAUGUGGCCCACGAGUGCAGCACCUACCAGAGGCUGAGGAUGGAGAAGGGCCCCAAGGAUACCCGGGAGCUGGAGCUGGUCCAUGAGUUCUACUGCACACAGCUCCCAACCAUCAGUCACAAGGUCCAGCUGCAGUACAAACAGGGCCCGGACCACCUACGCUGGCAGCUGGAGGCCAGCUACGGGGAGCAGUGGGCUGAGGUUGGCAACAAGAGAUUCCUGCGCAUCAGCCAGACCUUCAGGAAUGACUCGGGGCCAUCGCUCCGCAACUACUUCCUGGAGCUUGCGCUGCAGGUCCCCGAGAGGCGGGUGGACGGCCUCGCACAGCUGCACCACUCCAGCCUCUGGCAGCCCCACGUCAAAAGCAGCACAUCUGUGAAGGUGCUAGUCAACGGGCGGCUGCCCUUCAUGGCAGGCUUGCACUGGAAGGACACAUCUGGGGCCACCGUGUGGAGAUGGGAAGGGGCCUUGAACUUGGACAGCCCCUGGCUCACAGUGUCCGCAGCACACAGGCUCUACUGGCCACACUGGGCCCUGUUCCAAGCUGUGUCAGAGCUGACGAUGGCCAAGGCCUGGACCCUCAAGGACUUGGUGGUCAGCAUGACCUGCAGGGGGCAGGGUCAUGACAGGGAAGUCAAGAUCCAGGUGCGCACUGAAGCCACCACCUACCUCCGGGUUUCCAUGGUGACAACCUUCAUGCCAGGCCUCUUCCGCAGCACGAGUGAGCUGGAAUCAGCCUGGAGUGCCCCUGUGCAGAGUGAGGUUCUUGCUGAGAGCAGCCAGGACAGGAGGGGCCUGCACUGCUGGCUGAAGGGGCUCCAGCAGGAACUGAACUUCACAGCAGCCUACAAGCACACAGAGAGGCCUCAGAAGACCUAUGUACUGCUGACAGUCCUGGGGGCUGGGGCCCCGGGCCAGCCUGGAGGCCUGCAGCUGGAGGGUCAGCUGGAGCAGCUGCAACACAGGAAGACAUUGUACCGGAAACGAGGGACAUUGCUGCUCAGGCACCCCUGGCACCUCCUGGUCCCAAAGAGCCUCCUCUUGCAGGGGACCUUUACGGUGGACAAUCAACGACAGCAUCACUCCCUGGAGACCAAGGCUGUCCUGAAUGGCCAGGAGGAGAUCCUACACACUGUGGAGCUGGGCCGCCGGGCUGGACACCUCUAUGUCUGUACAGGCCUGACCCACCCCUACGAUGAUAAGGCUAUCCCCCAGAGCCUGGAGGGGUGCCUGGUGGCUGGGAACCCUCACAGUGCUAAGAACAGUGAGGCCACGGUGACACUAAAAAUCAACCAGAAGGUAGUUCUGCACCUGAAGGGCUCCCACCAGGGCAGCUCUCAGCACGGAGGGAUCCAGCACAGCGUGGCUCUGGAUGCCACCCGUUCCAACCAGACCCUCCGCUUGAAUGGUAGCUUUGACCUUUCACGGCGUCGACAAGGAGCAUUUGACUUCAUCGUAGAUGCACAAGCUGCUAUCAACCACAAUGCCACAUCCCAGGUCUUGGUCCAGCUGAACAAAUCAAGCUCCUACUUGGCAUUUUUCUUACAACUCCAACCUCCAGAUGGCCUUGCCUUCCUGCCCGGCUUACAGGUGCUGGCUUCCGCAGGACAUCACAAGGAAUGCAGAGUGGACGCGUCCCUGUCUGUGCGUGUGUCUGGCCACCAGCUGCUUCUGCUAGAGGUGGACACUAGCAAGCAAAAUAGGAGGAGCCGCUGGGGCUGGGACAUGAGGGUCUCGCUCCGCCAGGCUGUCUUCAACACCCCUAGAGCCCUUCAGCUACAGCUGUCCUCCAAGGUCACCCCAGCAAGGGUACAACUGUUUUCCAAGGCGCUGCUGGACCAGGACUCAGCUCAGCUGCUCCUCAAGACUGCUGAGGAGAGACGAGGAGGCUGGGUCCUCAGGCUGUGGAGCCUUGCCCAGCACUCAGUAGCUGGCUGGACAAAAGUGCCCCAUGCCCUGAGCCUCAGGGGUGUGCUAAAGCAGAAGAAGACGUUCCGAGAAGGCUCCGUGACGGUGUCCACCGACUCAGCCAUGCUGAGCUUCCUCCUGCAGGACAAGCAUGAGGAGACAGGGGACAGCAGCUUGCACAGUGUAACCUGCACCCUCGCCCAGAACUGUAGCCAGGACUUGCCGGGAGAGCUCCAGCUGAGAGGGCGGUUGCAGACCUACUCCGGAGCCCCUGGGGGCCAGGCCAGCCUCCAUGGUGACUCGACCAGCCUGCCCCUGAAUGGGACCUGCUCCUGGGACCCCGAGCACAGUCAGCUUUCGGGCAGCCUGACUCACAGCUGCAGCCCACUGAGUGGUGCAGGGCUGCCAGGGACAGGUGCCUGGGAGUCUUCCAACCACUCAGCACUGCACAGUGCGAGCAGUCAUCCCAGUGCCAACCUGGACUCCUCAGCCACGGGCGCUGAGGCCAGCCACGGGCCCUGGGGCCACCCAUUUUCCACAUACAGCCAUGGUCACAUCCAGGUCUCUGUGGACGUUCAUGAUGGUGCCGCCAGCUUUGAGCACUCCAUACCUAUCUCGGCAGGCCCUACAUCCAUCAACUACUCUGUGAGCUACUGGGCACACGAAGGCCAUCUGGAGCUAUGGGGCCACGGCCAACACAACAGUGAGGCCCUGCUGCAGGCCGGGGUCCCUGGUGAGGCUGAUCUACAGGCUGAAUUUCGGAUGCAUGAGACUAAGACCUGGGCCCAUGUGGUCCUCUGCGACAGGAACCGGGUCAGUGUGGAUGUGACGGCCCUGCUGGCUCGGCUGCCGAAUGGCACACUGGAGGCGACAGUGAACAGUAGCCACACAGUGCAAGCUUUCCAGAGCCUGGGUCUACCCUUCAGCAGCCAGUUGCUAUUCCGAGAACUCUGGACCUUGGAAGACAUGACUUCCUCCUUGCAACUCACUUUUGACAGCCAGGAUAUGCUGGUUCUCCAUGUCCAUGGCCAGAACCAUGCCAACAGCACGGAGCUGCUGCUAUGGGGCUGGGGCCGCCCCCCCUCCUUCCUGGGCUGCUGUCCCCACUCAGCCCCUUCCACAGCUAAGCUCCGGUUCGCCAAGGAUGAGACGAAAAGCACCUUUGUCCUAGAGGUGGGGGAGCGCCGUUUCCAUGUCAGCGGCAGCCUGCUUGCUGCUGAGGACAGCCUAGCCAAUGUCAUCCAGCUGCAGCAGACCUUCCCUCAGCUCAGCGCACUUCCCACAGAGCUGGUCCUGAGGACGGGGUUCCAGAGAGCACAAGGCACCCACGUCAUGUCUCAGGCGGUGCUGUGGAAUGGCAAGGAGGUAGCCUUCAAUGGGAGCCUCUCUGGGCCCCCCUCAGGGACCAUGGGGACCAUCCAUCUUCAGGGUGAGUAUCUGCUGGAUGUGUGGGUUCCAAGUUUUGUAGGGCAUGUGAGAGUGCAGCCGCCUGCCCGAGUGGCUGUGUUUUCAGUUGAGUCCCCGAAUCAGUCUCCUGCCAUGACCUUACAUGAACUUGCUGACACCCUCUCCACCCCUCUUCUCACAGUGGAGUUUGCCAACCAGCUGUCUCUGUCCCUGCCACGGCGCUGCAGCCUCCGCCUGACCUCAGAAUACUCUGGAAAUAGCUAUCAGGGUGACCUGGCUGUAGCCUGGAACCUCAAAGACCAGGUGCAGCGAUCCUGGGACAGCGGCUCACCUGUGACUCUCAAGAUCGCGUGGGCUAACAGGUCCUCUACCCACAGUGUGGCCUGGGAUGGCUGCCUCGCUGCCUCCCUGGGUCAGGGAACCUGGAGCCUGGGCCCACUGCAAGCCUGUGGGUCCCUCUCUCUGACCCCGGUCAUGUUCAGUGAGCAAUUUGAUCUCUCCUGGGGCCGACACCGGCUGCAGCAGAACGUGACGUAUGAGAAACAUCAGCUGCGCCCUUGGGACAAGGUUCACGCAGAGGCCACACUGGAGCACAUCCUCCUGGCCCCUUGUGCCCAGCACAGCUUCCGGGGGACAGUGGAGACCGACUACAAGCACAGGCUACGCCACACCCUCCACCUGGGGCUUUGCAACUUUCCCAGGGCCCUCUCAUUCUCUGGGGAGCACAGUCUGGACCAGGGUGCACUCCUGCUGCGUUCUCAAUACCAGCUGGGUCUUGCCCCAGACCCUGACCAGGGCUUGCACUUUAGCCUAACCCUGUACAACCACAGCCGACCAAAUGUACCUGACUUCUCUGGGCAGCUGGAGCUCCAUGGCCCCAGAGCUCAGCAACUCAGCUUGCUGGGGCGCGUCUCUACCUCAGCCUCCCAGAGCCUGGUCCAGCUGGAAGGCAGUGUGGAAAAGGAGAAACUAAGGCUUUUGGUGUCCCGGGCCCUGAGCUGUCUUCAGGCUUCUGCCACCCAUGGGGAAGGGAGCAGAGAAGAGAGUAUGAUGCUGCAGGCAUGCAUCCUCAGGAGAGCUGUGGAGGUGAAGGCCCUGCUCCAGAGCACUGAGCAGUCUGCCCAGCCACUGGGGCACCUGACCCUGCAGGCAGCUCCCCAGAGCCUCCUCCUAGUUGCACAUGGCAGCCAGGGGUCCCUGCUGAGCCACAUGGAGUCCAGGAUGACAGCAAUCGGAUCCCAGGUGCAAGCCCAGCUGGAAGAGAGACUCCAGAGCCUGGAUGGCUAUGUGAGAGGCUUUCAGAACCUGGUACAGCCAGUAGGCACCCUGAACAAUGCAGCAGAGUGUCUGUUGCAGUUGACUCAGGUAGGGCUAGGUGCUGUUCAGACAGGUGGCCAAAUGGUGGCUACCUUGUGGCACCGAAGCCAGGCCAGACACAUGCUGACCGGUCGCCUGCCUGUCUACCUGGAACAGCUGCAGGUGGGGCUGGAGCAGCUGCGGAAUGAGUUGGAACAGCCCCUGGCCACGCUGAACGAGGCCUAUUCGGAGGUGAUGCUGCAGCCCCUGGAUGAGGUGUGGCGAGAGCGGGCUGAGGAGGCCAGGCAGUGGCUGCAGGCCUGGCUGCUCAGGCUGCUAGGAACUUGGCAGCUAAGGCCCAUCCAGAUGGCCCUGGGAGCUAUGAUGGGUACCCUGGAACUGGCCACCCACCAUACGCUGUCCUGGGCUGAGGCUGAGGUCUCCCGGGCCUUGAAGCGGCUCUGCAAACCCUUGCUAAACAUGUACAGUUACUCAGCCAGGAACUGCUCCGUGGUGGUGAGGCUGCCGCUUGUGCCCGUGGGGAAUGGGCCCCUGGAUGCAGCCCAGCUGAUUAGGUACCUGGUGGAGGAGAAACUCCUGUGGCCACUCCGCAGACUGUACGAGGCUAAUGUGGUGGCCGAGUUCUAUGGGUUCCGGCGGCGACUACUGAGGAGCCCCUUCAAGUAUCAUGCUGUGGUGGCUGGUGCCAGGUACAUGGUGACCUUUGAUGGGCAGGUGUGGGGCUUGGGUCCCUGCUGCGGCAGCUUCCUGCUAGCCAAGGACUUCAGUCACCAAACAUUCUCUCUGAUGCUGAGUCGCACAAGCUCAGGGUUCACCGCCCUUCGAAUAGAGCUGAACCACACAACCCUUGUUCUGUAUCCUAGCCUAAAGGCUUACAGGCUUUAUGACACUGCCGGGCCUUGGGAUGGCUGCUGGGAUUUAGACCCGUCUCCUGCUGUGCUGAGCACAGGGCCGAAGGUUGAGCUGAGCAGCGAGGAUGGUGUGUCUGUUGCCUGGGAUGUGCCAGCAGGCCUCUGCAGCCUGACGCUGGGCCUUUGGCACCAUGGAGCAUCUGCUGGCCUUCUGGGUACCAACAACAAUGAGGCAGAUGAUGAGCUAAUGUUGCCAGAUGGCACAGAAGCUGCCAGCCUGGAGGAGCUCACCCAGGGCUGGCAGGUGGAUGAGAACUGUGGUCCUGUAGAGAGGGUACAGCAGCCAUGCUCAGGGCCCAGCAGCACCUGCCAGGCCUUCUUCCAAGACCCCCAGUCCAGCCUGGGGAACUGCUUCCUGGUGGUGGACCCUGCUCCAUUUCUCAGACUGUGUGUCCAAGAUACCUGUGACCCUAAGGAGCUCCACCCUGCCUGCCUCCUGGCAGCUGCCUACAUCGACUUGUGUGCCCAGGACUCUGUGCCCUUGGCUCUUCCUCUGCAGUGUGUUUGAGAUUUUGCCCAAGGCAAUACAAGGCUGCCAAAGACGUCAAGCUCUUCACCUUCUACCCCAAUCCUAGUUCCUGGGCGAGGUCAAAGUUCUUUGCUGGAAGAGAACCCGUGCAGAAGGCUAGAAAACCCAAGAGAAAAACAACAGUUGCUGCCAAGAGCAGAGAGGAAGGGCUGAGAACCAGCUGCACUCUCCCAGUGUCUCCAGGGCUGAGGGACUCCCAGCUGGCCCAGGGAAUUCAUUCUCAAACUUCACUGGGAGGCAGCCAGGCCCAGGGACACACCUCUGGGAAGACACUCCACACCGCACCCACACUUGCGCAAACUGCUGCUUCACUCACCCAGCAACUGUUUCUGAGCCUUGAGAUGGCUGUGACCACGUGGUUUCCCCUGUCACUCUGGGAGGAACCAAUGUCCUCAAGACUGCUUAGGGAGCUUCCUUCUCCAGAUGGACACACAGGGUGCUUCUAGGGCAUGGGGAGAAGGCUCCUUUUCAAAGGACAUGUGACAUAAAUAUGUGGGGGCCUUGGGCCACUAGACAGCAGGGUUUCUUUUUUUGUUGUUGUUUCUCUUAGGAAAUAGGCUUUUCAAUUGCAAAAUAAAGCUGGAGAAUUCA